GAUUAGAUAAGCGAUGGGUAUCCAUCACGUGGCCCAACGUCACUGCGCAUCGGGAGCUAACCAGGAGCUUCCAAUACUCCAGGCUCCAGGCUCCGUCCUCCAGGCUACUACUGUACUAUCACCCUUUGCUUUCUACUUGUCAGACUCAACAGCACACUUCCUCUCGUGCUUAUCGACGAUAUCUCAACUACUUUCGAUUAAAUUUUAAUUUAAUAUUUCAGAUUCGGUCAGUUUUGUCAUGGCUGACGAAGACAAAACUAAUACCAACAAGAUUACCCCGGGCCCAUAUAGUCCGAAGCCAGAGUCUCCUACGACGGCACGCCCGCUGGAUUUUGAUGAUGAACCUCAAGAAUCUGGCAUCACCUCGGUGUCUGCGGCCGUAGCUCAGCAGAAUGCGACAGAAGCUGCCCCGCAAAAACCGCCGCGUCCAUUGAGCCCGCAACAACAGUCCGAAACAACCCUCAAAGAAGCGUUCCCUACUAUUGAAGUGUCAGUAAUCAAGGCAGUCUUGGUAGCCAGCAACUGGGACGUUGAACGCGCUUUCCACGCUCUCCUUGGUAUGACUGACCCCAGCGCUGCCGAGCAAGAUGUUCCUCCUCCAAAGCCACCUCGCCCCUCCGCAACACAAAGGCAGCUGGAAGCAGAUGAAUUAUAUGCUCGCCAGCUUGCGGAGCAUUACAAUCGCCGUGCACCUCAAUCCCGCUUGGAGGGUGGUCAUCCAUAUGAUCGGACGAGAAGGGACAGUGAGCUGUCGGAGGACAGAGAAUAUAGUUUUUUUGAAGAUGAUCUUCCGGUGAUCCGUGACAACAUCCGCAAAGGAUUUCUAGAGACCCAAACGAAAGUUAACUCGUGGGUUCAAAACCUAAAGAAAAGACUUGAUGGCGAAGAUCAGGAUGGGGCUCCGUCCAGUCAGGGCUAUCGCAAUGAGAGUGAUGGCCAGACAAGGAGAAGCGGAGAGCUGGGCCGUCGUAGCGGGGAUCGCGAACGCUAUGACGCAGACCCCCGGGUUCUAAGUGACGAUUUUUCAGCCCUCGAAAUGAGAGAUACAGAAGCUCCUCCACCAAGGCCACCAAGGCCGCUUGCCAAUCCUAGCCUCUACAAGACCUCGUCGUCUUCACCAGACAGACGUAAAGUGUCUUUCCAAGAGGGUCCGCCCACUGAAAUCGGGGGCAAUCUUUACGAUGCAUCCGAAUCGUCUAGAUUUUCUCCUGCGGGUGGCAAACCAAGCAAAUGGCAACCAUUGUCUACUGUUGAGCCUUCUCCUGUUGGAGAUCAUGAUCCAUUUAGCCUAGGCGAUAGCGAGGAUGAAAAAGAUACCAAGCCUAAGGAUCAGACUCCCGCCGAUGGGGGUGACCGUAUCAAGACAGCCACAGCCGAGGCGAUUUCUGGCGAGCUGCCUUCCGCAUCAAAAGCAGAUAAGAAGGCAGAUGGUGGAAAGUCUUAACGCCGUGUCAGCAGUAUGCUUUUUUUUUUAUCUCCUCUUCAUUUCAUACGCGGUCAUGUUAUGCCUUUCCGUACUUCUUCAGAAUUGACGCCUAGAGUUUACAAUGAUACCAGAGAUUGCAGCACAAUACCAAAGCUGAUUUAACAUACAUAAAUGUGUCAAUACAAUGAAGCAAAACACCACAAUGUAACGAGUUCUUUGUUGUAACUAUACUUCCAAUGUCUGGAAAGAGGGUAUCACUGAAUUAAAGCCGCGUAAGGGAAUUAGAGAAGAGAAGAAGACGCAAGGUCAGAACUGCAUCUAUUCACCAAGGUCAUUCUCAUUCGUGGUGAGCCGUGGAGCGGCUGUGGCUUCUUUUCUCAAGUCCUUUAUGAUCGUCUGAGCAUUUAAAGGGGAAUGUUAGCACUCUAGCGCCUAAAGGAGAGAAGAUGUAUUGGAAGCCCGAAACUCACAGCAAGGGCGUCCGGGUUGACGCCGUUCUCGAUGAGUGAGACGCAAAGGGAAAGAUCAGUUCUGUCUAAAGCCGUGUUAAGAAGUGUAGAGAUCUCGUGAA